AUGUCGGGCGGAUCAGCAUCAGGAGCGGAGCUGGAAUGGCCGGCGACGCGCGUGCGCGACACGUUUCUGCAGUUCUUCAAGGAUCGCGAGCACACGCACGUGCCGUCCAGCCCCGUUGUCCCCCUGGACGACCCCACGCUCCUCUUCGCUAACGCCGGCAUGAACCAGUUUAAGCCCAUCUUCUUGGGCACUGUGGACCCCCGCAGUCCCCUUGCCUCUCUCAAGCGCGCGGUGAACUCGCAGAAGUGCAUCCGCGCGGGCGGCAAGCACAACGACCUGGACGACGUGGGCAAGGACACGUACCACCACACCUUCUUUGAGAUGCUCGGCAACUGGUCCUUCGGGGACUACUUCAAACAAGAGGCCAUCACGUGGGCCUGGGAGCUUCUUACCCAGGUGUACAAGCUUCCAGAGGAUCACCUCUACGCUACCUACUUUGGCGGGGACGAGAAGCUAGGUUUGGAACCGGACCUGGAGGCCCGGGACAUCUGGCUGACGGUUCUCCCAGCCAGCCGAGUGCUGCCCUUCGGCUGCAAGGAUAACUUCUGGGAGAUGGGCGACACGGGGCCCUGUGGCCCAUGCACAGAGAUCCACUUUGACCGCCUGGGAGGGCGCGAUGCUGCAGCGCUGGUCAAUGCUGACGACCCCACUUGCAUCGAGAUUUGGAACAACGUGUUCAUCCAGUUCAACCGCGAGGCGGAUGGCACGCUCAAGACGCUGCCUGCGAAGCAUGUGGACACAGGAAUGGGCUUUGAGCGGCUGACGUCGAUCCUGCAGGGCAAGCUGAGCAACUACGACACUGACGUGUUCAUGCCCAUCUUUGAGGCGAUCCAGAAGGUGACGGGAGCGGCACCGUAUGAGGGCAAGCUCGGGAAAGAAGACGUGGGCAACAAGGACAUGGCGUACCGUGUGGUGGCGGAUCACAUCCGCACUCUCUCCUUCGCCAUCGCUGACGGCGCCAGGCCCGGCAGCGACGGUCGCGACUACGUGCUGCGCCGCAUCCUGAGGCGUGCUGUGCGCUAUGGCCGCGAUGUGCUUGGUGCCCAGGAAGGCUUCUUCAGCUCCUUGGUGCCAGUGUUCGCGGACCUCAUGGGGGACACCUUCCCUGAGCUGCGCAAGCACGGCCAGCACAUUCGGGAUAUCAUCAGCGAGGAGGAGGCUGCUUUCGGCCGCACCCUCCAAAAGGGUCUGCAACGGUUUGAGAAGGCUGCCUCUGAAGUGAAGGACGGCAAGCUGAGUGGCCAGGACGCCUUUGUUCUCUGGGACACCUUCGGCUUCCCUGUUGAUCUUACCCAGCUGAUGGCGGAGGAAAAGGGUUUGGCAGUGGACAUGGCAGCAUACGAGCAGGCGAUGACGGAUGCCAGGGAGAUGUCGCGCGGGGCUAGGAGCAAGGGCGGGGCGGGUGCGCUGGUGAUGGAGGCAGAGGCGACAGCAGAGCUGCAGAAGCGAGGCAUUGAUCCCACCGACGACUCGGCCAAAUAUGUGUGGCGCCAGGAUCACCCAACCACCGUACGAGCCAUUUUCACCCCUUCCGGCUUCGUCGAAUCAGUAACCGCCACGUCAGCAGACGCAUCCGCCGAAGUGGGCCUCGUUUUGACCAGCUCCAGCUUCUACGCAGAGCAGGGCGGGCAGAUCUUCGACACGGGCGCCAUCAUCAAACCUGCUAAUAACGGGGAUGCUAAUAACGGGGAUGCGAGGUUCGAGGUGCGGUCGGUGCAGGUGUACGGCGGUUACGUGGUGCAUGUGGGCGUGGUGACAGGUGGCAGCGUGGCAGUGGACGACGCGGUGGUGUGCCAGGUGGACUACGAUCGGAGGGCGCUGGUGGCGCCCAAUCACACGGCGACACAUCUGCUCAACCAUGCGCUGAAGAAGGUGUUGGGAGACCACAUUGACCAGAAGGGCAGCCUUGUUGCAGAAGACCGUCUGCGUUUCGACUUCUCCCACGGCAAGCCCAUCGACCCCAAGGACCUGGGGAAGAUCGAGGGGGAGGUGGUGGAGCGAGUCAAGGCAGGGCUGCCAGUGUACGCGCUCGAGUCCAGCCUCGCAGAUGCCAGGCGUAUCAUGGGGCUCAGAGCGGUCUUUGGAGAGGUCUACCCCGAUCCAGUGCGGGUGGUAUCAGUGGGCACGCCAGUGGAGCAGCUGCUGCAGGACCCGGAGAACCCCCAGUGGGCCAACAGCUCCAUUGAGUUCUGCGGUGGCACGCACGUCAGCAACACAUCAGAGGCGGAGUCAUUCGCGAUCAUCAGCGAGGAGGGCAUCGCCAAGGGCGUGCGGCGCAUCAUCGCCUUCACCACCGCCAAGGCCAAGGAGGCCAUCGCCCUCGCCGACCAGUACGCCGCCCGGAUUGAAGCGGCCGGCAAGCUGACCGGCACCGCUUUGGAGAAGGAAGUGGCAGCACUAAAGGGUUCAGUCGAUUCCGCUGUGAUCCCAGCCGCUUACAAGGCGCAGCUGAAAGCUUCUCUUUUGAAGCUGCAUGACCGCCUACGCCAGGCACAGAAAGCAGCCGCCGGGGCCAACCUGAAGCUCGCCAUUCAGACUGCUGUGGAGACGGCGGCAGCGGCGGCGGCGGCCGGGGAGAGUGUGUGCGUGCUGCGGAUUGAUGUGGGGCUGGAUCCGAAUGCGAUUAGAGAGGCUGUGGUGACUGUGCUGGGGCAGCAGAAGGAGCUGGCGGUGCUGAUGGUAUCGGUGGACGAGGAGAAGGGCAAGGUGCUCGUGUAUGCGGGUGUGCCGGAUGCAGUGGCAGCGCGCGGCCUGUCUGUGCUGGAGUGGCUGCGGGCGGCACUUGUGCCCGUGGAGGGCAAGGGGGGCGGUGGCAAGGGCGGGCUGGCCCAGGGGCAGGGUAACAAGGCUUCAGGUGCAAAUGAGGCGAUGGAGGUUGCUAAGAAGUUUGCUGCAGAGAAGUUGGGGAAAUCCGACGACUCGACCAUGGCCUUCAAGGAUCUACUCAUCGCGUCGUUGUUCGCAGCACUUGUGAUUUCAUGUGCCGCUCAUCGCGGAGGUCGCUUUGGAGGCGGCGGAUUCGGCGGUGGCGUGUGGCGUGACGUCAUCAGCGGCAAACUCGGCACUCCAGUUGGUUCCCUGAGAGCCUUCAUGAACGGAUCGCAGGUGCUCGACGCGAGCGACGCGGCCGUGGGCGACGCGAAUGCGACGGGGGUGAUCGGGCUGGUUGUGUUGAAAACCGAUACGGACUACAACAUUCUAUACCAGGCAGGCGUGCGCGUGACUGAUGCUGGCCUCCCCACCUCCAUCGCCAUCAACUCCGGCGCCGCCGGCGCCGGCGGCUCCGCCGUUAUCGAGUUCUCCGCUACCGAGGCCGCGUGGCAGAAUUACACGUGGAACGGCACGCGCUUCGGCGGGCAGUCCGGCCAGGGCGCGCAGGGCGGCGGCGCUGGCGGCGCGUCCGGGCGCGGCGCGGUGCUGAAGGCGGUGCUGCAGGUGCUGGCGCAGUUCUUCCCGAACCUCAACGCCACCGGCGCGGGUUCCUUCUUCGGCGGGCGCGGCGGGCGCGGGGGCCCGCGCGGAGGAUUCGCGUAUGGCUUCUCCGGUGUUUGGUACAACGCGAGCACGCUCACCAACAGCGCGGGGCGCAGCUACGCUGACGUGGUGGCCGUCGACAUGCUCGCCGCGCCCAGCAGCUUCUUCGGCGUGGUUACCACCGACGCGUUUCAGGAUGGCGUCGUCGGGGGGCCCUUCGCCAACCACACCCGCCACGCGUGGGGUCGUGGAGGCGGCAUGCGCGGCGGCAUGCGCGGUAGUAUGCGCGGGUAG